CCAAGAACAGUUUCUGUAGUUUCGGCUGCGAGCCUGACCGAGACAGACACACACCAGAGGGAGAGGGAGACGGAGAGAAGGGCGAGCGGCACUAGCAAGCAUGGCGGCGGCCGUCCUAGCGCCCAAGCCGCCUCCUCCGCUGCCUACCAGGGCCUUUCCUUCCUCAUCCCCCUCGCGGUUUGCCCCUGCCUUCAUCUCCCCGCGUCAUCCCCUGAGAAGAUUGCUCCUCCGCCCCAUUCCGUGCGCCUCAUCGCCGUCUUCCGUCUUGAUGCCGAACCCGGACCUCGAGACUGAGCCUGCCCACGAUGGAGAUGGAGAUGGAGAUGAGGCGCCGCCGGAGUCCAGGCCCCGCCGCAUCGCCCUUUUCGUCGAGCCGUCUCCCUUCGCCUACGUCUCCGGCUACAAGAACCGCUUCCAGAACUUCAUCAAGUACCUACGGGAGAUGGGCGACGAGGUGAUUGUGGUCACCACGCACGAGGGCGUGCCUCAGGAAUUCCACGGAGCCAAGCUAAUUGGCUCAUGGAGCAGCUUCCCUUGCCCCUGGUAUCAAAAGGUUCCGCUGUCGCUGGCCCUCAGUCCUCGAAUCAUCGCAGAAGUUGCUAGAUUCAAGCCUGACAUUAUUCACGCCUCUUCACCUGGGAUAAUGGUAUUUGGCGCGCUUAUCAUAGCAAAGUUGCUCUGCGUCCCUCUGGUAAUGUCAUACCACACCCACGUUCCAAUUUAUAUACCCAGAUAUACUUUCAGCUGGCUUGUCAAGCCCAUGUGGCUAAUAAUAAAAUUCUUGCACCGAGCUGCAGACCUCACACUGGUACCAUCUGUUGCUAUCGGCAGGGAUCUUCAAGCUGCUCGUGUUACAGCAGCCAAUAAAAUACGCCUUUGGAACAAGGGUGUUGACUCAGAAAGCUUCCAUCCUCGUUUCCGCAACAUGGAAAUGCGUUCAAGGCUAACGAAUGGUGAACCAGAAAAGCCACUUGUAUUUUAUGUUGGACGCUUAGGAGUUGAGAAAAGCUUGGAUUUUCUUAAGAGAGUCAUGGACCGACUUCCAGGAGCAAGGAUUGCAUUUAUUGGAGACGGACCAUUCAGAGCUGAGCUCGAGCAGAUGUUCUCAGGUAUGCCGGUGGUGUUCACGGGCACGUUGCAAGGGGAGGAGCUAUCACAGGCCUAUGCCAGUGGGGAUGUGUUUGUGAUGCCUUCCGAGUCAGAGACACUGGGGUUUGUGGUGCUGGAGGCCAUGUCAUCAGGAGUUCCGGUAGUCGGGGCUCGCGCCGGAGGAAUACCUGAUAUCAUACCUGAGGAUCAGGAGGGGAGGACCAGCUUUUUGUACACACCAGGGGAUGUGGAUGACUGUGUUGGCAAGAUCAAGCGGCUCCUGUCGAGCGAGGAACUGAGGGAGGCCAUGGGGAGAGCUGCCAGGAAGGAGAUGGAGAAGUUUGACUGGCGAGCGGCGACGAGGAAGAUCCGCAACGAGCAGUACAGUGCUGCAAUCUGGUUCUGGCGCAAGAAGAGGGCACAGGUGCUGCGGCCCCUCCAAUGGGUGCUGCGGCUGCUGAGGCGGACAAUGCCAGGAGCUGCCGAUGCCGCAGCGAAGCAAUCCUAGGAGAGGGGGGCUACUAUGGUUGAUGGUCCUCUUUUUUCCCAUUCCUUGUAUUAUCUCCGUUUUCGAAUAUUUGUCGUCCGCUAGUUCAUUUUUAACUAAACAGCGACAAAUAAAAAAGAACGACGAGAGUAUAAAAUGGGCUAAGGAGGCCAUGGCAGAUGAUUGGAUAUGUUUCAGGAUUAGAGGGGAGGAAGGUCAAGCUUCAACAUUCCAAUUCACUGAAGAAUAUAUAAUGUACGUUUAGGACUGUUAGGUUGUAAAUCGUCAAAGUGUCUAUGUAAUGCUUCUUCUUGGCAUGCUACACUAUAUAGUACUAAUAUUGAUCCUUUAACAGGAAUUGGUGUGCAGUCAGACAAUGAUAAUAAUAUA